AUGCCCUCUCGUGAUUGCACGGUUGACCGCGAGGCGGCGGUGCAGAACCGCAAGAAGGACCACAUCGACAUUUGCUUGCAUAAGGACGUCGAGCCACACAAGAGACACACCAUCUGGAACAAGUACACGCUUCCCUACAAGGCACUUCCCGAAGUUGAUCUGCAGAAGAUCGAGACGUCCUGCGAGUUUAUGGGCAAGCGCAUCUCCUUUCCCUUCUUCAUUUCCUCCAUGACCGGCGGUGAGGCGCACGGUCGCGUCAUCAACGAGAACCUGGCAAAGGCAUGCGAGGCCGAGAAGAUCCCGUUCGGGCUUGGUAGCAUGCGCAUCAUCAACCGCUAUGCGUCGGCGGUGCACACCUUUAACGUGAAGGAGUUCUGCCCCUCGGUUCCGAUGCUAGCCAAUAUCGGCCUGGUGCAGCUGAACUACGGUUUUGGCCCAAAGGAGGUAAACAACCUCGUGGACUCGGUACACGCCGACGGUCUGUGCAUCCACCUGAACCAUACGCAAGAGGUCUGCCAGCCGGAGGGCGACACAAACUUUGAGGGCCUGAUUGAGAAGCUGCGCCAGCUGUUGCCGCACAUCAAGGUGCCGGUACUCGUGAAGGGUGUCGGUCACGGCAUUGAUUACGAGUCGAUGGUGGCCAUCAAGGCGAGCGGCGUCAAGUACGUGGACGUUUCGGGAUGCGGCGGCACGUCGUGGGCCUGGAUCGAGGGCCACCGGCAGCCAUACAAGGCUGAGGAGGAGAACAUUGGUUACCUCUUUCGCGACAUCGGUGUGCCUACAGAUGUCUGCCUGCGUGAGAGCGCGCCGCUGACCGUCAACGGCGACCUCCACCUUAUCGCCGGCGGCGGUAUCCGCAACGGCUUGGACGUUGCCAAGGCGCUCAUGAUGGGUGCCGAGUACGCCACAGCGGCGAUGCCGUUCCUUGCGGCUGCGCUGGAAAGCUCAGAGGCGGUCCGUGCAGUAAUUCAGCGUAUCCGCCAGGAGCUGCGUGUCUCCAUGUUCACCUGCGGUGCUCGCAAUAUCGAGGAGCUGCGACGCAUGAAGGUGAUUGAACUCGGCCACCUUUGA